AUGAAGGGCUCGACCUCGAAAUCUUCCAAAUCGUCAACUUCCAGUAAAAAGGCAACAUCAAAGAUCAAAUCCAAGUCUGGCAAACGAAAAUCUGCAAAGCAUAAGAAAUCAGAAAAGAAGAAGCCAAAGAGCAGCAAACCGUCAAAACCUAAAUCAAAGCCAGUUGCUGAAAAGUCUGCCAAAUCAGUCAAGGCGACUUCGAAGUCUGAAAAGGACAAGCAUUCAAAAUCAAAAUCUUCAACAAGUAAGUCUAAAAAGAGCAAGUCGACCACAGCUUCAAAGCCAACAUCAGCAAAGCCCAAAUCAUUAGCUGUCAAGUCGUCAAAAGCUGCUAAAUCGGAAAGUAGCAGCAAGAGCACAAAGGAGAAGGUCAAAUCCGCCACAGCUGACAGUGAUUCUAAAAAGGCAAAAACGGAAAAGACUGCUGCUUCUGACGCCUCUGCUAAAGGCGAUGAUAAGGAAGAAAAGGCGGCGGAGGGAAAAGACAACCACAGCAAUCUAGAUGGCGGCGUCAGCAAACAGGAAAUGGAGGCAGAAGCGGACGACGCUCAGGCGGAGAGUGACCAGGCGAAGGAGGAGGAGGCGGAACCGGAAAUGGACGAGGUCGCCAAGGAGGAGAUGGAGAAGGAGGAAGGAAAAGAUGGCGAAGGCAAAGUGGCGCCAGAUGGGAGCGUCGACGUGGAGGGAGUGGCUGAUGAGCAGGAGAUGCAGGCACCGGAGGAGGCCAAAGAGCAAGGCACACCCGAGGAGAUGGAAGCGCUGGAGGGACAGGGUGAGGACGUGAAUGCUGGCGCUGCGGAGGAGUUGGCUGCCGAGGCAGCUGCUGCUGAAGGUGAUGCUGAAGCCACCGGUGCCGAAGCUAAUGAUGGCAAAGCUGCUAAUGAUCCACCUGCCUAG